AUGGCCUGGAAGGAUGCGUACGAAUUUGAAUACACGUCUGAUCCUGCCACACAUGAGAUGGUCUCUGAAAUGAAGCAAAAAGUAUUUGUCCAGAAGGCUGCUUUACCCAGGAAUUCCAGCAAAGGAGACCUUGAACGGAGCAAGUCUAAGAGAAGACUGUCUGCCAGCUACAGGAAUAAUCUCCCUUCAGAAAGCAACCAAGAAACUCCAAGCAACAGUGAGAGUGAGAAAAGCUGGGUCCUUAACUCUCAGAAAAAGCUGGUGUCAAAAUCCGCAGACUAUACUCGGAAAAAGAAGAGGGUCAGGAGCAAGUUAAAAGUAUUGCCAUUGUCUUCUCCAAGUAGUGGCAGCGAUCACCGUGGAAAGAAGGUGGGGAGUUCACCGAGGGGGGAGCAAAGGAUGGAGCCAAGCACAGAGCUGUAUGACUUUGCUGCAAUGCAGCCACCAAUGGUUUCCUCAACCCCUAUAUCGCAUGGUAGACACAAUGACUUGGAAAUGGCGGAUGACACUUUGCCGAGUCACUUUUUGCCCAAUAGCUCAGAAGCUGGAGCAAGCAAGGUACAGUUCCCGGAUGUGUGGGUGACGUAUUUGUGA